CGAUCAGAGCGAGGGCGGGCAUCCCCGCGCCGGAAGAGGAAGGCUCAAUGUGCCUCAGCGCUGUCCGUUUUUCUGCACGUUGCAGAGUUAGCGACCCAGUGCAGGCCACGCCCCCCUCCAUGCCCCCGUCAUAUCAAUGCACCACAAUCGCUGCUGACAAGACGUGUGCAUCGGCUAAUUUCCUGUUCCCAUCGUGAUUUUCCACCCUCCUACCCCGCCUUCCUGCUUCGACGCCCGAUUCAGUCUCUGCCUGUUCUCGAGCUUGUCUUCUACGCUGUCCAGUCAGGAUGAGCACGCCCCGGAGCCCCAGCCAGCCCCUCAACUACUUCCAGCAGAGUCCAGUUCGAGGGCAGCUGGAGAACCCGGAUGGGCAAUAUGCGAGGAGCGGAUGGCGGUAUUUGCAGUGCACGGACACGCCAAAUGAACUUAGGGUACUCCUGCCUCCCCGCACGGCCCUCAUCUACAGUCAUCUCCUUCGUGCAGAGCUCAUCGAGCUCCGCAAGGAUCGCGAUGCAGCCUGGGACCGCAUCCUGCAGAUCCGUCACCUCAAAGACCGGAUGAUCCGCAAAUGCCAGCGACUCGCGAAGGAGUCCGCGCCCACGGGCAAGCCCGCCCCGCGCACCAUGUUCUUCACCGUGCACGCCCCGCCCGACUACCGCUUGAAGGAGAUGGAGCGUUGGUUCCGCGAGCAGGGCGCGCACUUCGGGUCGGACGUCGCGCAGGGGCACUCGCGCACGCCCUACUGCUGCAACAAGUGCAUGCCGCCUGCACAUACCAAUCAUCAGGGAACCCUCUCGCGUAAACCGUCUGCACAGGCUUACCGACACGGCCCUCCCCCGGACCGAGUGCCUGCGCGCCGCGGGGACUCAACGACGCACACGACCACCACUCUGCUCAACUCGUCCCCCCCUCCGGGCCAGCAUCCCCGGCGACAGCCUCCACCUGGCUACAAAACGUCGGGGCGCGUGCCAGCAGUGGUGCGCGACCCCGACCAUGCCUCGCCUCACCGCAAAACCACGGAGCGCAGACGGUCCGCAGGGUCAGACGUCAGCACCGGGACACGCUCCGCGCGGCUGAACGCGAAGUCGCCGGACCCGCUGCCCAUUCCAUUCCGCAUGCACGAUCCGAACGAGGAGCCUCCUUUCGUGGACUCGCCCGACGACAGCCUUGAGGACGAGCUGCCGUCCACGUCGCCAGAGCCGGAGGCACCGCACGAGGCAGCGCCCCUCCCCGCACUGAAUGGCCAGCUGCCCACGAUCCACGAGGCCUCCGAAGGGCAGGCCUCGGUCGCCGGCGAGGAUGCCCAGCGCCCGAUUCCCCGUCGACGCAGCAGCCUCAAGCGAGCGGGCAGCAUCAGCAGGCUGAGCAUAGCGAGCCAGACCAAGUCCGUCGCGUGGGCCAUGGACCGGGAUUGGAUUGAGCAGAUGUCGCAGUACAUGAAGACCGCAAACGAGGCUGAGGUGCUUGUGCACGAGCUCGAGGAGCUCCGGUCGGACUACCACAAGGAGGUGGACGCAAUGAAGCGGAUGUGCCGCGGCGUGUCGGAGGCGUCCGAGCGACUUCGUCUUGAGAUGGAGAAGCUGCACAGAGACGAGGAGGCGGUGAGGAAGCAGGAGGACAGGCUCCUCCACACCAUCGAGCAGCUGGAGCGGAAGGAGACGCAGUUCCGCGACAAAGUCGUUUCGGUCCUCGAGGAAACCAAACGCGUCGUCCAUCUCUGUGACAAGAAACGCGACAUCCACGAACUAUGAUCUGCGUGACAUACUUCGGAAAGUUCAGUUCUAUUCGCGGGUGUCAUCUACCUUGCUUUGUUCGCUAUCUCUAGACGCAUGACUGCACGCCACCUAACGGUUCGGAAACACCACUUCCUGUAGCAUUAACCCUCUAUUAAGUACUUCGCGGUAAAUACCCUUGACGUAUAUGAUAUCCUACGCAUGUAUAUAUUGUUCUUCAGUUAUGCUCUGGAUGGAUGGACGAAUGCAAAUGAGGAUACUCACGACCAAUCCAAGCGUGUAAUGAAUGCAUGGUGUACAGUGUGAACAUUGUCCAAUAGUAUGCAGGAAUAA